AUGGGGAAACGAAAGAAUACCAGGGGAUCGUCUUCUUCGUCUAAACGACGACCCUCUCGCCCAGCGACCACGUCUCCGACGAACCCUCUGCCGUCUCGCCGCUCCGGUCGCCGAUCUACUUUCGAGGAGCCGUGUGACGCCGUCCCCCUCGCAUAUUGGGAACCCCCACUUCCUCUUCCGGCCGCCACCGCCGCCAAUUUUGGCAAUCGGCCACUCGUUUGUGUUCCUAGGGUUUCUCCACCACCGUCGCCGCCAGUACCGCCGCCGUCGCCGCCAAUGACACCGCCGUCACCCUUCACCUAUUCUCCGCCAUCCUCUCCGCUGCCACACUCUGCUCCACCGCCUGUGGAACCAACCUCGCCGCCGCCGUCAACCCCCACACCAGCCUCACCACCAUCGCAGCCAUCCGCUCCGUCGCCUCCAUCACCCCCUUCUUCCUGCUCUGCCCCGCCAACAGAUAAAGGGAAGGGCAAAAUUCUUAAUGCUGAUGAUUCCGAUACAGCUCCACCCUCGGCCCCGCCUCGCCGCUCUCGCCGCCGUGCCCCUCCACCGCCCACUCAAGGUGCCUCCUCGUCUCGUGCUAGGGCUGCCUCUUCCGACCCGGAACUCAUACUGCCCAUCUGUGCAGCCGAUGCCUUCAGUCACCGCUUCUUUCUACCAUCGCACCAAUCUCGGUGGCAUUUGGUAAGUCAACGAUCUCUUGCCUCUGAAUGUCCCUUGGGGCCCGCUUUUGCUGCUUUUGGUAUUACCGACCUUCUCCGUCGAGCUGGUGUUUAUCAUACAGUAUCUCGUAUCGAGCACUUUGAGAGCCAAAUUGUGUACGAUUUUUAUGCAAAUUUAGCCCGUGGCAUAUCUGAUUGUCGUAGCCCCUUCUAUGAACGUGUCUACGUUUUCAAACGGGUCUAUGAGUUUAAUUCUGGUCGCAUCGCCGAAUUGUUUGAUCUCAGCACUAUUGGAGUUGUUCCACCGACUGUUUCUGAUUCUGUUGUCAUAUCCACUCUUACUGGGGGUCGCACGGGAUCGUGGCCCCUCGACACGACUUCGCUUUCUAUGACGUACCGUCUCCUGUUCUCUAUUGGAUCAGUCAAUUGGUUCCCUACUGCCCAUCAUGGAACCUUGACUAGACGAAGGGGGCUUCUCCUCUAUUACAUCGGUACAGCCACUCCGUUUGACAUGGCGCAAUUCCUGUUCGAAGAGAUUAUUGACCAAGCCGGAUCGCAAUCCACUGCGUACUCCUUGCCGUUUCCUUCCUUAAUCUACCGGCUUCUCUGUCAUCAAGGUUACAUCCGCAAUCGUCGUAACGCGGUACCCUCUCUUCCGCUUCCGCUCUCAAUUCACUCUAAAAUUGUGAAUCCUCACUCCGCUAAGCCGCGCGUGGAUGAUUUGCCCUGCCGCCCGACUCCUACUUCCACGUCUGCCAAAUCUUGUCACAAGGCUUCACCUUCUACUACCGUGCCCUUGUUUUCCGACGUUAUUUCUCUCCUUUCAGCGGAAUAUGAGGCUGCCAUCGCCAGAGCCGAUGAUCUGAAGAAAAAAAUUGACUACUUUACAGCCCUUGCUCAGAAAGGGGGAGACAACACUUCAGGGGGAGUUGGCCAUGAAGCAGCACAUCAGGAGAUAUCUCGCUCAGGGGGAGUUGCUGCUGCUGCUGGAUUCGGUGAUCAAACUGUCGCUCCAACUGUUCCAACAGUUGGUGGUGCAACAGCUGAGGCAGACACCGAUGAUGAAGAAGAACUGUUCGUUGAUGCCGAGGAUAUUCUAGAUUAA